UGAGCGGAGAGGCACAGUCAACGUUUAAUCGUACGACAAAUAACAACUUGUGCAGUUAAUUUUCGCUUCAGAACAACACAGACCUUCUAACAAACAAUCCUUCAAAAUGUUCAGAUUGGUGGUGUUUUCUGCUGUUCUUGCCGUUGCUGCUGCCGCUCCCGGAGCCACUGUAGUCGCAUCUGCCCCACUGGCGUAUCAUACGUAUGCCGCCGUCCCAGCUGUGCUAGCCCAGAAGGAGAUCGCUUAUGAGAAGAGCAUCAUCGAGGAGCCAACCGUGACCCAUGUUGGAAACAUUGAAAAGAAAAUCCCAACUGGAUACUCGCACCAGAGCUUCACCCAGUACCACAACAAGCAGGUCGCCGAGCAUGUCUAUGCCCCAGCUGUGAAGAAGACCGUCGUCGAGACCCCAGUCGAGAAGACCACCUACCACGCUGCCGCUGUGGCCACCCCAGCCAUCACCUACGCCGCUGCCCCGGUUGUGGCCAAGACUCACUAUGUUGAGGCUGCCCCUGCUCUGACCUAUGCCGCUGCUCCAGUUGUGGCCAAGACCCACUACGUCCAGGCUGCCGCUCCAGCUCUGACCUACGCCGCUGCCUACGAUGUCCCGUACGCCAAGGCUGCCUACUACAGUGAGUACCCGACCGUGUACAGUGCCCCGGCUGCCGUGUACGCCAAGUACUAAGUUGACUGUCAAACCCAAAAUUUUCCCCCAAAACCCGAUUCAGAUUUCACUUACGACUGUGGUAAUUGUUUUUCUUUUGUUCGCUUUUUGAGGAUUGUUUCCGCGAAAGAUGAGAAAAAUAAAAAUAUGAAAUUAGUU